AUGACGCCCAUAAUAAAUGCUACGAAAACGCAUACUUUAGAUGAAAACGAAGGUGAAUCUCGAGAAUUAGCUAACAAUUCCAGUAACGAUAAUAAUAAUUGUGAUGAAACUUCUGUGGAAGCGCCAUUAAUUUUAUCUUCACCAGCAGAAACCUCAACACCUUUACUGAAUCCCAUGUCACCAUCACUAUUACCGGUUGGUUCAAAUUCUUCUUCACCAUUAUUAUCACCAGUGGUAUCACCCCCACCAAUAUCAAUUUCAAAAUUAGCCGGAAAGAAGCAUAUACCAGCAGAAAUUGAUACUUCUUCCACAUCACUUUGUCAUUCUUCAUCAACUAAGAGCAACGAGGAUAGCUAUAGUAAUUUAGGCCCAAGAAAAUCUUUGUCAUUACCAUAUCCAAGAAACAAUCCAAAAGAGCGGUCAAAUAGUCUAUCAUAUGUUAAAGAAUCGAUGUCCUUAAAUAGAUCAAAAUCAUUACGUGAAGGAAUUCACUCACGAGAUUCUUGCCACAAUGGCACUAACCAUUUAACUAUUCGUAAAACUGGGUCUGAAAGUGGUGUUCAUCAAUGCUCUUCGUCACUACAUCAUUCAUAUGCUUGUUAUACUCCCGGUCACUCGCCAACAAAAGUUAUCACUCCGGAGAUUCCAAUACGUCCUCUGUCUUCUACCUCUUCUCCUGCAUCAUUAGAGCGUCGACUAUCAAUAUUGACACAAUCAUAUUCAGACCUAAGUCUCUCAAUAACUGAUGAUAAUUUUUCGGAUUGGGACGACUUUUUGUAUGGUUAUGCCCGAGGGAAAUUUGAUCCAUUAUCAAUCCCGAGAAAACCGAGACGAUCUAGCUCCAAAAGAAGUUAUACAAGCAGUGUGGGAUGUCGAGAUCGGAAAGAUCGAGAUAGAGGAGAUCAUAAUAAUAGUAGCACUAAUACCAUUAAUGACAAUAAAUUGAGUCUACCAACUAGUCCACUAUCAGGAAUCACUACAUUUGGUGAUGAUUGGGAUGUCGAGUAUAUCGAAGCUUGGAGAAGAGAUGGCGCAAGAGGCACGGGAUCAAAUACUCCCGGGACACCUAGUAAUGGAUUAGAUGCAGCAACAAAUUAUGCAUUUUCAUCUGACGUCGUGAAUAAUGUUAAUUCUACUCACCAGCACGAAUUACAUUUAACUGCAAUCGAAGAUUCCAUCCCUUCAAAUGUGCGCUCAUCUUCUGCAUCUUUAAGCUUAGAAACACAUACUGAAAUUUCUGACGAAGAGAAUAACUAUGAAGGAUACGACGAAUAUCAUGAUGAAGUAUAUGACCAUAACGAAGACAGUGAUGAUGAGUUUGAACCAGAGUAUUUACCACCUCCUCUGCCUCCAAAUGAAGGUGAACGGAGACGUGCUUUAUGGCGGUUUCAGAUCUUGAAUACUUCGCAAGAUGUGAAUUUUUCGCGCAUUGCCCGCUUAGUUAAACAGCACUUCAAGGUUCCGAUUUCCCUGAUAUCCUUGGUAAAUACAACACAUCAAUGGUUCAAAGCAGAGGAAGGUCUCGGCUGUAGUUCCACCACUCGAGAAGUUUCUUUUUGUGGCCACGCGAUUCUUCAAGAAACAGCCGAGCCAUUUGUCGUCCCGGACGCACUGGUUGAUUGGCGGUUCAAAAAGAACCCCUUAGUAACCGGUCCUCCAUAUAUUCGAUUUUAUGCUGGGGCUCCAUUACGUACAAAAGAUGGCCAUAACCUCGGUACUAUCUGUUUGAUUGAUAAUAAUCGUCGUGAUAAUUUUAGUGCUGACGAUCGUAAGGUUCUCAAGGACUAUGCUAAGGUUGUGGUGCGCGAAUUGGAAUUAUGGGCGGAUAGAUUAAGAUUGAGAGUGAGAAACAAAAUGCAAGACUCGAUUGCAGAGUUUAGUAAAUUCUGUCUGGAAAGCAUGAAAUCACAAUUACUAAACAAAGAAACUGGUGAAAUAUCACGAAAACGAGAAAGUGUAUGGUCAAAAAAUCCGGAGAAAGAAUCAUGUGAAAUUGGAGAUCGAGUCAUGCAAAAAUGUUUUGAGAUGGCAGUGAAGCUUAUGCGUGAUACAUUGGAAGUGGAUGCUCUUUAUCUAUUGGAGAUGCCAUCACUUUCAUCAAAGUCAAUCUCGUCGACAGGUCGGACUUCAGAUUUCUCAUCAUUCUUUUUAAAUAGUCCUCCACCUGAACCUGGUAUUAAGCAUCUUAGAUUUUUGGCAUCCGUCGGAAUUGAAUUGUCAACUGAUUAUCUGUCUACUCCGACGACGACGUCAUUUUUGACGCACUUGAUGGAAACUCAUGAACAAGGAUACAUCUUUCAAAAUGCGUUGCCUCCAUUGCCUGCUCUUUUCCCACCGCAAAUGCAGUCGGGUAUUGUUGUACCGAUUUACGAUAAUUCUCAGAAUGCUUUCGGAUUUCUAAUUGCAUUGACCACCGAUGCUUCUCGACAGUUCGAAGACGAAGAACGCGUGUAUAUUGGAAAUUUUGGAGUAAAUGUUGUUAGUGAAGUGCUGAAACGUCGAGUGAUUGUUGCUGAUCGAGCUAAAGGAGUUUUCAUUUCAUCAAUGUCUCAUGAAUUGAGAACUCCGCUACAUGGAAUAUUGGCUAGUUGUGAAUUAUUGGAAGAUUCAAAGAUGACUGAUGCCCAAAAAGAAUUAUUGAAAACUAUUCAAGGGUGUGGGACAAGUUUGAUUAGCAUCCUGAAUUCAGUAUUGGAUUUCGCAAAAUUGGAAAGACGACAUCACCACACAAGUAGUUUAUCGACUAUUGCAUCCUCUGAUGAAUCUACGACUUCGUCAUCGAAUAUAAAAUCUGCUGAUGAUGGUGUAAAUAGUGUUGGCACUCAGAAUCAUGAUAACAAUUCGAAGACUACAUCAUCAGACAAUGGGAUUCGUUCAAGAAACAAAUCUUAUCACCGUAUACUGCAAAAAGUCGAUCUGGUUGCUAUAAUUGAAGAAGUAUCCGAAUCAUGUUCAAUUGGGCAACAAAUGCUGUCAGCUGUCUAUGGAGCAUCAUCCAACACUGUAAAUACAUCAAAGUCAUUAAAAUCAUUCGACUCUCUUGUCUCAUCCGAUUCAUUGAACGAAAUAUUGGAAAACCACACGGAUUCGACAACUACACAUUUACGAAAACGUAUUUGUGAUCUUUUGCAUCCGUAUCAAUAUACAUCAAAUAAUGUUGACGAUAAAAAUGAUCAUGCAGAGGAACAACAAACUGUUGAAUUGAUGCUUGAUAUUGAACCAAAAUCUGAAGGCUGGUGUGUUAUGGCUGAUGAUGGAAGCGUUAGGCAAAUUCUGAUGAAUAUUAUUGGAAAUUCAUUGAAAUUCACAAAAAAGGGAUAUGUGCACAUCUCUUUAACCACAGUCCCAACAUCCACUAAUAAUUUUAAUACCUCAUCAGAUCCAAAACGAAUAUCGGUCUUAUUUACAAUAACCGAUACGGGGAAAGGAAUAUCACCAGAUUUUCUCACCACACAUUUAUUCCAACCGUUUUCGCAAGAAGAUUCAUUGCAAGCUGGCACUGGCCUAGGACUCUCGAUUGUGAAAUUGCUAGUUGAGAAAAUGGACGGGAGAUUAGAUGUCGAAUCCGCAUUGGGUACAGGAACUCGUGUUCGUAUUUGGUUGGAUUUCGAUCUACCACCAAGUGAUAACGAUGAUGACAGUAAUAAUGAUAAUGAUGACAAUAAAUCAAAAAUAUCAGACGAAGAAAAAGAGAGAAUACUUCAAGAGUUCGCCAAAAUGCAAUUAUGCAUAUAUGGAGUUCAUGGGAAAUUACGUGAAGUCGUCGAAAAGUAUUUUCGAACCUGGCAUGGAAUGAAGCGAAUUGCAUUUGAGGAGCAAGCGGAUCGAAUGCGUGGUGAUCUGUUAGUGAUUAACGAUGAUUUGGAUGCCUUGAGAACUGUUUGGUUCUUGGAUCAUCAUAAACAACAGCAGCUAGAGAAUAGGAGAAGCUCAUUAUCGAAUUUAGUUUCCCCACUAUUGAAUAUUGCAGCUUCGGCAACUGUUACAAAAGAUGUUCAUCAACAACAAAAUAAAGAGUGGGAUCAUUCUCCGAUAAUCCUAGUCACAUCGAUAGCAAAGUACGCAAAAGCAGCCGACUUUGUUGAAUCCUUGCAGCAUCAAGUGAACUUUAUUUCAGAAAUUAAUUCCCCGAAUCAAUUUCUAUGUGCGGAAGAUACGCAACAAGGUAAUUCUCCUCAGCUGACUCCUAAUCACAGCCACGGUAUCCAAAUAUCGGCAAAAUCUCUUCCUAAAGUGGUUGUAAUGACACCUAAUCAUCCUCCUCACGAUCAUCACCUUAAUACUAAUCAUAUUUCGAGCUCGAAUAAUGAUUUCUCUCUUUCAUCGUCUUCGUCAUCAAGUUCAAGUAGUUCUUAUGAACAUUCAGACGAGAAUUCAGAUGAAAAUUUAAUAUUCAUGCCAUCUCCAUUAAUAACAUCACCAAAUGAAACAAAUCCUUUCUUCAGAAAUAUCCUAGAUAAUACGGAUAAUUUAACGACUACGGAACCUGUGUCCGAUUUUAGAGUUGAAUCAUCAUCGUCCUCUCCAAAUCAACUAUCACAACAACUUUUACUGCAGAUGCAACCGUAUCAUGCACAACUUGCAUCUUCAUUCAAUUCGGAAAAACUCACCAACGCAGCAUUUACUGCUUCAUUCGAUCGAUCUUAUUCAUUGCCAGCCACACCGGUACCAGAAAUCCAUCAACAGUCUCUGAUGAUUGCUCCUACAAUCGUGGGUCCAAAAGGGCCUCGAGUAUUGGUGGUAGAGGACAAUGCAGUUAAUCGAAUGAUUUUAGUCACUUACUUGAAAAAACGUGGCAUUGGAUACGAAGAGGCUGAGAAUGGCGCUAUCGGAGUCAAUAAGUUUCGACGUUGCUUGGAGUAUGAUGAAGAGCAAGAGAAACUUGAAUUUGAUAAAAGGACUGGUGAGAGGCGUAGAUUCGAUGUAGUAUUAAUGGAUAUUCAAAUGCCAGUAAUGGAUGGCAAUAAAGCAACUGCUGAAAUCCGUAAAUUAGAAAAAGAAUAUGCUGAAAAACAUCAAUCACAUUCUUCCGGUGAUGGUAACACUGAUGUUUUCAGAAAAAAUCAGCCGAAUAGUUUAUCAACAUCCCCAUUAGUUUCUCUAUUAUCACCAUUAUUAAACACGGCUGCAAAUAGAGAUCUGGCAUCGUCUGAUAUCUCAACAAAUGACUUGAAUUUAGAAACGUCAACAUCAUCAUUGCAUGAUCCUCAAUCAGCUAAAACUGUCAACUUCGAAACAAAAUCUCAACCACUUUUCACGUCAUCGCAAAAUCGUGCACUAAUAUUCGCACUAACUGGAUUGGCCAGUGAAGAAGACAAGGAUCUGGCAUUUGAAAGUGGAGUUGAUGGAUUUUUAACGAAACCAAUUAGUCUAAAAGUAUUGGACCGUGUAUUGAAAAGGUGGUUUGAAAGAUGUGAUGAAACAGCCACAAAUAAUUCCAUUGAUUUAAACAAUACCGAUACUAAUACAUGUAGCAUCAAUAAAGUAGCGUCGUCGGAUCCAGUUAAACAAAAUAAAUCCUCUAAUUUAAAUUCAAAUCCACUUUCACAAAAGGAGCCAGUUUCAUUAUCGCCGUCAUCAUCCGCCGCCUCUCCCCAAGAAAAAUUAGUGUCUCAACAAAAAGCUGUAAAAACUGCUACAUCUGAUAAUGCACCAACAUCUGAUUCUGGACUCUGUAAUAUGGUCGGGUGA